CAGAUCUUUCGAGCAAAAGCCAUUCUGUUUGACCACCAGUCGCAAUGUUUUCGAAAAUUCGAGCCAAACUUCGUCCAUUACAAGGGCUGGGCGUGCCAAAAGAAGCCGGCAAAUCAGACUCACGCCCAGUCAAAAGCGGGGACCGCAAGGGACAGUCUCUCGCAGCCAUUGCAGAGGAAACCAUCGACGUCCUCCCGGGCAUUCUCGAGAGCCUCCCAGAUCUUGAUGCAGCCAGCUCGACCAAGUAUGACCUGGCCGACUUACACCCCUUGGACCCAUUGAUGUGUCCCGGAUUCCAAACUCUGAGCGAGGAAGGGCAGCAGGCGGGUGACAUGGUCGGCACCCGCAUCACGGUCCUGAACGCGGACUCCUUCGACGUGGCCAUCGGCAUGCAGGCGCCGAGGGAUGAGUCUGGCUCCGAAGCCCGACAGAACGACCACAGGAUUGCAGUUCUCAAUCUCGCAUCGGACAAGAACCCUGGAGGCGGCUGGCUCCAUGGCGCGGCCGCACAGGAGGAGGCGCUCUGCUUCCGGAGCUCGUUGAUAUUGUCACUGCAUCAGCACUACUAUCCAUGGUCACCGAGAAUGGGCCUAUAUACUCGAGACGUGGUCAUUAUUCGAGACGCCAUAGACGCCGGCCACGGCCUCCUGGUACCAAGGAUGGCGCCGCACGAUCUCCCAGUCGUCAGUGUCAUCAGCAUUGCUGGGAUCCGCAGCCCUCCACUCAGUCAGGACAGGCAGCACUUCGAGGACCCGACCGACCGGGAGCUGACAAAGGACAAGAUGCGCCUGUGUCUCCGUAUUGCUGCAACGGAGAAGCACCGCCAUCUCGUCCUUGGCGCCAUUGGUUGUGGUGCAUUUGCGAAUCCGCCCCGGCAUGUUGCAUCCUGCUGGCUCGAAGUGCUUCAGGAGGCCGAGUUUGUGGGCGGCUGGUGGAGGACGGUCAGCUUCGCGGUGUACGACAGCAGGAACGAGGGGAACUUUGCAGUUUUCAAGAAUUCAUUGCACGACAAGGUCGUGUAAUUGUGACUGAGGCGGAAACAGCGGCAUUCUCGGGUGCAGCACAGGCAGUAUCUUGCUCGCCACAUUAGUAAAAUUCCGACUACACGAAUCGCAAUAAUGCUAGUCUAUGGCAUGUGAGCCAAACUAGUUCAGGCGGCUUCCUGCCAUGUGAACUACUGCACAAGAUCUGUCAGGGCCGCAUUGUGGCACUAAGCGUUCGUCGCCGUCGAUCAUGACUGACAGAGUGGUCCCCAAAUGGAUCUGGAUCUGGG